AAAUACAUGAAUGAUUAAUUAAAGAGAAAAAAAUGGACAAUCACUCUGAACAGACUAUUGGCGAUGGAGAAAAUUUACAUACAUCAAUCGAAGAGGAUAUUGUUAAGGAAAAUUUCCCGGAAAAUAUGCACCAAACCAAUGUUCCCAAUCGAUUGACCAUAAUGGAGAAGAAAUUUUUGCUUGCCGUCGAACGUGGUGAUCUUCCGGCCGUGAAAAGAAUAAUCUGCCAGAUUAAUUCAAUGAACAAAUUCAACAUAAAUUGUCGUGAUCCAUUAGGCAGAAGUGGUCUUUUGAUGGCCAUUGAUAAUGAAAAUAUUGAAAUGAUUAAACUCUUAUUGAUGGCCGGUGUUGAAAUGAAAGAUGCUUUGCUGCAUGCUAUAAAUGAAGAUUUUGUCGAAGCCGUUGAGUUACUAUUAGAUCAUGAAGAUCAGAUUCAUAUACCGGGUCAGCCACAUUCAUGGGAAGCAUUCGAACGUGAAACAUUCACCAAUGACAUUACGCCAUUGGUUUUAGCUGCUCAUCGAAAUAAUUAUGAAAUUGUUAAAAUUAUCUUGGAUCGUAAUAUAUCACCGAUACCGAUACCACAUGGUACACGAUGUGGAUGUAAAGAAUGCCGUAUGGCUAGCAAAGAAGAUUGUCUAAGACAUUCACGGUCACGUAUCAAUGCUUUCAAAGCAUUAUCAUCACCAUCACUUAUAGCACUUCAUAGUAAAGAUCCAAUCCUUACCGCAUUCGAUCUUAGCUGGCAAUUACGACGAUUAAGUUUUCUUGAACCAGAAUUCAAGAAUGAAUACCUACAAUUACGUAAACAAUGUCAAUUAUUUGCUACGGCGCUUUUAGAUCAUACGAGAACCAGUGAAGAAUUGGAAAUAUUACUUGAUUAUGAUCCAGAUCGUGAUCCACUUGAAGAUCAAGAACGUUUACAAUUAUCGAGACUGAAAUUGGCAAUACAAAUUAAACAGAAAAUGUUUUGCGCUCAUGCCAGUGUUCAGCAAUUAUUAGCAUCCAUAUGGUACGAAGGUCUGCCUGGUUUUCGGCGCAAAAAUAUCGUCAUACAAAUCUUUCAAUUGAUCGGCAUUGGAAUACUUUUUCCAUUGCUUUCCAUUGCAUACAUUUUGGCUCCAUAUUCAACAGCUGGAAAAUUUAUUAAAAAACCAUUCAUCAAAUUCAUAUGCCAUUCGGCUAGUUAUGUUACAUUUUUGAUUUUAUUAAUGUUAGCUUCACAACGUAUUGAAUCGAACAUUUUUGGCAUCAAUCCCGUGGAAAACAUUAAUAUAACGACAAAAAGAGGAUCAUUGCCAUCAUAUAUUGAAUUAUGCAUUCUAGCCUGGGUAUUUGGACUAAUUUGGAGUGAAAUCAAACAGCUAUGGGAUCUUGGCAUAAGUGAAUAUCUAAGCGAUAUGUGGAAUAUAUUAGAUUUCAUUAAUAAUUCCAUCUAUGUUGCAACAAUUACGUUACGUAUUAUUGCCUAUUAUCAAACGAAAAAAGAAAUAAUGAAUGGUGUAUCAUCAUUAGCAUAUCAACGAGAGAAUUGGGAUGAUUUUGAUCCAAUAUUAUUAUCUGAAGGGCUAUUUGCAACGGCAAACAUAUUUAGUUCAUUAAAAUUGGUCUAUAUAUUUUCAGUGAAUCCAUAUCUAGGACCAUUACAGAUUUCGCUUGGUCGUAUGGUUAUUGAUAUUUUGAAAUUUUUUAGCAUCUAUUUGUUGGUAUUGUUUUCAUUUGCAUGUGGUAUGAAUCAGCUAUUGUGGUAUUAUGCCGAUAUGGAAAAACAGAGCUGUAUUGUUCAAACAAAUUCAUUGGAUGAAUCAAUGAAAUCACAAUCCAUGAUUAAUGAAAUUCUACAUCCAAAUGCCUGUUUAGCAUGGAGACGUUUUGCAAAUCUAUUUGAAUCAACACAGACACUAUUCUGGGCAACGUUUGGUCUGAUUGAUUUGGAUAAUUUUGAACUAACCGGCAUCAAAAGCUAUACAAGAUUCUGGGGUUUAUUAAUGUUUGGUGUUUAUAGUAUCAUAAAUGUAGCCGUUCUUUUGAAUCUACUCAUAGCAAUGAUGAAUCAUUCAUACCAAUCGAUAAGUGAACAAGCGGAUACGGAAUGGAAAUUUGCCCGAAGUAAAUUAUGGAUGAGUUAUUUCAGUGAUGGUGCAACUGUCCCGCCUCCAUUCAAUAUAAUACCGACACCUAAAACCGUUCUACAUACGAUCGUAUGGCUGGCAAAAUUUUGUUUAGGCAAAACUAAACGUGGUAAAAAUGAAGCAAUGCGUACAAUCAAACGAAAACAACGUCGCGCAAAUGAAAGAGAUUAUAAAUAUCAUAAAGUGGUACGUGCAUUAAUUCGUCGUUAUAUUAUGAAUGAACAACGGAUACAGGAACGACAACGUGGUGUUACCGAAGAUGACUGUAAUGAAAUUAAACAAGAGGUCAGUGCACUUCGUUAUGACCUAUUGGAAAUGCUUGGAUCACAUCGCCGCUCUAAACAUGGUUUCGAUACCGUACUCAGUAAUGGUAGUAAUAGUAAUUGUCACAUGGGAAAGAAAAGCCGACAACGUGAAAGGCGAUUAAUGAAAGGAUUCAAUUUUGAUCAUCCAAUUGUCGAAAAUGAUAAUCAAGAAAAUGUGACAAGUUUCGAAAUUAAUGAAGACUUUGAAGACAAAAGUUCGACAAAUAUUUCCGAUUCACAGAAAACAUCAAUUCGUUCAUCAACAAGUGUGAUAAAAAAUAAAUUCUAUAGAACGGCACAGAAUUUUGUUCAGAAUAAAAAAACACAUUCAAGAUGGCGACAAAUGAUUGAAACCAAACGUGAAAAGGUGAAAACAUUUUCACAAAGUCAAGACUCAAUUGAAAGUGAUGCAACAAUGAAUACGGAUGGUAGCUAUGGUAAUAAUACAAUCGAUAGUCGAAUGGUAAUCGAUGCGAAUAUUAAAAGACAAAUAUUUGCUAGAAAAUUAGAUUCAAUGUCAUUAAGUCAACCUAUUAUGUUGUCAUUGCAACAACAACAACAACAACAACAUAAUCAAACAAUGACAAAUAAAUCCAUUGUGAAUAAAUCAGGCUCAUUUUCCAAUGAAACAAUCAAAUCACAAUCAAUGAUGAUUAAAGAUGAUGAUAAAACUACCACAGAUGAAGAUUCUCAUUGGAUAUAAAUUUUCAUAUUAAUAAUUAAUAAUUCUUUUUAUUAAUCCAACAAUGUUUAGCUACAUGUAUAUUCUAAGUUUACAUAACGAUGAUCUAUUAAAAUAAAAUUCAUCUUUAAUCGA